AUUUGGAAUCCUUGGUCGCUGACGUCCUACGAUUGAUAAAGCCAAACUGCCAGCCAGAAUCCCAUCCAACAAGCAAUUACCGCAGUUGGUAAUUGGCCGCAUGGCCCAAUGGCAAGGCGCUUGACUACGAAUCAAGAGAUUCCAGGUUCGACCCCUGGUGUGGUCAUUUCUUUUGUCCCUGGACGAGACGACGAUCUUUUUGUGCGCCUGACAGCGGUAGGCAAGGCGGGCAUGUUUGGGCAUGCAUGGGCGGCGGGUCUGCCCGAGAGGAAAACUUUUUGCAAGAGCUUGGACACGGCACUUGGACAACGAUCUUUUACCCGGCUAAGAGGAGAGAGCUGCCAUGUCUAUGAUAAGCCGACUUUGCGAGCGUUGUUUCCAUCCUCCAGCAGCAGCUCACCAGCAGCUGGCAACUGGCCGCAUGGCCCAAUGGCAAGGCGCUUGACUACGAAUCAAGAGAUUCCAGGUUCGACCCCUGGUGUGGUCACUUCUUUUGUCGCUGUGGGCGAAGAUCGCUUUUGCUGGCGUUGACUUGCUGGUUGGCAUGGCGUGCGCGUUGUGGGCCGUCGCAGGAAAUUUUUCUUUGGCGUUCGCCGGUCCGGGCCGAUGGGGGAUGGCGCCCGAGUUUGGGCGGACGUCGGGCCGAGGUGCUGGCUGAUGGAUGUUGGCGGUUUGCUCUGUGAAUAUUU